AUGGGCCUAAUGAUUUCGUACUUGACCCCUUGCAUGCAAGCCCACACUGCAUCCCUCACUCUCUCUUUUCAUAAGCACAAUCACACACAGACCGCGCGCGGAUCUUGCCUCAAGGGUCCCCACCCACCACAGACCGGCUGCCCCUUUCCCCACCCAUUCUCCUUUCCCUGCACACCGCACAGCUCUCUCUCUCUCUCUCUCUCUCUCUCUCUCUCUCUCUCUCUCUCUCUCUCUCUCUCUCUCUGUGUUGUUUGCCACAGCCACCCACCCACCCAUCACAGCCACCCACCCCUCACGCGGUCCACAAGCUUGCCCAGUCCUGCUGCCCCACACGGCCCGACUGCGACUCGCACCGAUAACAUACCCGUCAUGACGCCCGCCCCUGUCAUGAACCCCGUUCAAGUCUGGCAACAGCAGCUGGCUGCCUACCAAGCGGCCUACGCGCACCAAAUCCUUCUCCAACAACAGCAGCUCCACCAACACCAUCAACAACAACUUCAGCAACAGCGCAUUCACUUGCAGCCCGCCACCUCCCCUCAGCUCGAGGAGCAGCAGCAGCAGCAGCAGCAGAAAACAUCCAUCCCGGACGAGGUUGGCCCCGCUGUCAAGCGCGUCCGACAAACCGUCGUCGCCGCCGCCGCCACCACCACCAGUCCUGCCGCUUCUCCGGCAGCGUCCCCGUCAUCAUCCGAACCAGUGGCUCAGGUUCUCAUCCCUUCCAUGCAACUGGUCAUUAAAUGUGACGAUCAAGUGCGCACCCUCGCCGAAACGCGUGCCAAGAUGGGCCUUCACCCUUCCCAGGGCCGCUUCCGUGUUAACGGCUUGGUCAUCAGCCACCACGUCGAACACGACAUUCAACUCGUGCCCCAACAUCGCUACGAACUCGACCUUUGCGCUGCUAUGACUUCCCAGCCCCCCACCAAGCAGAUGCCCAGUUUUCCCACUUGCUCCGACUUUGAAUUUAUGUACUCGACCGACGAGGCAUCGUGCAUGGGCCCAAGUACCGCGGCCAUGUCCAAGGUCAACUUUGGCCAACAUGCCAAAGACCUCAAAUCCGCCGCUCGCCUGCACAACGGAGCCUCAUGCUUUGGACCUGCCGUUGCAAUCCCCAACAGCCGCCGGCGUCGUCGCAGCUCGCCCAUUCUCCGCCGCCAACACGCUGCUCUGGCACCCAGCACCGACCACUCCCUGGCGCUGGCGUGUGGCGAGACAGCCAUGGCCACCGCCGACGAUGGCAUGGAUGGGCUGGCCAUCCAUGUCUAAAGCUCUUCCCCUUUUUGCUUUUUGCGUUUUGGUUUUGUUCUCUUUUCCGUUUCUUAGACUAGACCCGAUUUAGAUUUUCCUCUUGCUUCAGGAUGAACGCUCCCCGAGGCGCUUCCAUCCUGUUGCUUUGAUAUUUUACCUUGUUCGCCCAGGCCCGAGGCCACGGCACUUGCGUGGCGGCAUGUCAAUGAGUUGUGUAUACGCAAAACAAAGUCACGCUGAGCGUGCCCAUUUGUUUUUUCAACCUCGGCUGCGAAACAGCCAUGCCCCCUCCCUUGCCAACUUUUGCAAAUUCAACAAAACGUUUG